AUGUUAAAAUUUAAACCAAAAAAUACAAAAUAUAGGCCAAACAAAUCAACCAAUCAAGAUAUAUACGAAAAAAGUGGAGAUCAAAAUAUAGAUAGAGACUUAGCUGACGAAAAAACGGAACAAGAAAUAACGAAAAAGAGAUACAAAAAGAAGACACGUGAAAAUAUACUUUCGGAUAAUGAUUUUAGACCACAAAAACACAAUAAGGACUACGAUUAUAAAGACAAUAAUAAAAAUGAAAGAAAAAGAAAGAAAUAUGUUGAUGAUGCUAUAAAUAAUGAUUUAUGGGAGACUAAAAUAGUAAAUUGGGAUAAAACUACCGCAAGAGAUUAUUCGAAUGAGUACAAAAACAAAAAAUCACAUAAAGAAAGUUACAAAGCAUUUCCAGAGAAACGAAAACCUAGCUACAACCCCAAGAAGGAAUAUGUUAAAAACGAUUUCCAUCCGUAUGGGCGGACUUCGAUUCCUUUCAUCGGGAAAAGAGGAGUUUAUGAUGAAAAAUAA